CGUUGCUCGGUCUUGUUUCAGUGCAGGUAAUUAUUUCCUCGGUAACCAAGCAACAAUGUCUUCAGUGGAGAAUUUGAGAGAGUUUGUCAACGAGCGACUAUCUGCUGCUGCUGAGGAAAUAUUCGGAGUUUUUAAAAGAACCGUCGUCGAGUAUCAGGAAGAGAUCGACCGGCAGCGCAGACUGUUGGAUGUUUUUUGGAAACCCGAAGUAAGGUUACACAGGAUAGAGCUCCCACAGUCACGUGUCUGUAAGGAGGAGGAGGAGGAGGCUCCCUCUGACCAGGAGCUCUGUCUCCAGGAGAGGAAGCCCAGUGUGGACCAAGAGGACCCAGAUUCUCCACAGAUUAAAGAGGAACAGGAGGAACUCUGCAGCAGUCCAGAGGGAGAGCAGCUUGCACCGAAGCAGGAGGCCUUUACGUUGACUCCUACUUGUGAGGAAAGGGGACACGGUGAUGAUCAACUUUUGGACUUGUGUACUGAUGAAACUGAGAGUGUGAUACAGGAAACAUCUUAUAGCAACAUUUCAGUUGAAAGCACCACUGUAGUUGAACUAAACAACGACCACCAUUUUCUCCCUCACAACUCUCAUAAAUCAGCAUUUGAGACUCGUACAAGAGUCCAUAGUGAUGAGAAACCUUUUUCGUGCAAAACAUGUGGAAAAGGAUUCAAAUAUAGUAGCAACUUAAAAGCCCACAUGAGAGUUCACACUGGGGAAAGGCCAUAUUCCUGCAUCACCUGCGGGAAAACAUUCACUAAGAAAUCAACUUUGAAGUCUCAUACAAGAAUCCAUACUGGGGAGAAGCCAUAUUCCUGCAUCACCUGCGGGAAAACAUUCACUAAGAAAUCACAUUUGAAGUCUCAUACAAGAAUCCAUACUGGGGAGAAGCCAUUUUCCUGCAUCACCUGUGAGAAAACAUUCACUGACACAUCACAUUUGAAACGUCAUAUAAGAAUACACAGUGGGGAAAGAAGUUCUACUGACUCAAUUGUCCACAUGAGAAGAAAUCACAAAGGUGAAACAUCAUAGAUGCAACUCUGGUGAGAAAAUAGUCAGAGCAAUUUUUCUGAUUAAAAAGACUACGUCAGACAAGGUAAAGAAAGGAACGAAAUCCCGUGUACGAUGUCGGAUUCGUGAAGAUGGACUAUCAUGUUUCCUUUACCUUAAUGAAGAUUGAUGUUGCUAAUUUUAUCCAAAAAUGCUCGCUUCUGUAAGGAUGUGCAAAUAAGACAGUGCUCCUCAUUAAAAGCCAUUA